UUGGCUGGGCGCCGGGAGCGGCCCGUGAGGGGACUCUGAGGCGAAGGGAGGCAGCCGCGGUCGCUGCGGUUGGGGAAGCGGGUCGGUCGGGAUGAGCGUGACGGGGACACCCGCGGUGGUGUCGGUGUCCAUCAGCAGCAGCCUCAACUCCUUCCGGGCCCUGAAGCGCUACGCCCGCGGGCUCACCAUCGCCGAGUUCAAGUGUAAGUUGGAACUGGUGGUUGGAAGCCCAGCAUCAUGCAUGGACCUCGAACUCUAUACUUCGGAAGACAAGUUUGUGAUGAAGCUGGACAGCGAUGAAUCUUUGCUGGGGUCCUACCCCAUUGAUGACGGGUGCCGGAUCCAUGUUAUUGACAGAAGCGGAGCAACAAUUGGGGAAUACGAAGAUGUGUCAAGGGUAGAGAAAUUCAAGUUACCCGAUUCUGAGUAUGAGAAAAGAACAGAUACAGCACGUUCCUUCAUGAAACGCAGUAAGCUGGGGCAGUACAACAAGGAAGAAAUGCAGAAAAAGGAAGCCGAGCACGAGCAGAAAUUAGUGGAGGAGAAGGCCCUGGCGGAGACCAUUUCUGUGGGGGCGAGAUGUGAAGUGCGGUCAUCGGGGCAGCCCAGCAAACGGGGGACUGUGAUGUAUGUUGGCCUAACCGAGUUCAAGCCUGGCUACUGGAUUGGCAUCAAGUAUGACGAGCCUUUGGGGAAACACGAUGGCAGCGUAAGUGGAAAGCAGUACUUUGAGUGCCAGCCCAAAUAUGGAGCCUUCGUGAAGCCUCAGUAUGUCACGGUGGGGGAUUUUCCGGAAGACGACUAUGGGCUGGACGAUGAAAUGUGAUGGGGAUCGAAAGAGACGCGGGGUGGCUGAAGGAAGUGGAGAAGAUCACAAUGGUCUCCGUUAGUGCAACUGUCCCGGUUUCUGCGGUGCACUGCUACAUUCUGGUUCCCUGCCGGAGGUUACUUGGGCAAGCCAGAAGAAGACCCGAAAGCUGCUGUGUGUUCUUCGACCUGUGUUGCUGGUUUUUCUUUUCCCUGGUUGUCUUGUUCAGUGAAGAUGCCACAUCCCUUUGAUUUUUCUCACAUACGCACCCUUCUGUGCCAGUUUGAUAACAUAGAGGAUAUUGGAGUGUCUUUGCAUUAUAGUAGCAAUCCUUUGGGGGAGGGGAGCUGGGGCUGGGGGAGGGGGCAGCAAGAUACCUCCCCUUCCCCCCCCCCCCCCCCCGGUACAGCCUGCUGGUUUCAGAAGCAGAAUGCGUUGAAAGGAGGACCUCAGAGCAGAUUGGGACGAGAUCCUUCCGGCUUUUAAAAACAAAACACAAAAAAAUGUAAAAUAUUUCUAUGGCCGUGCAUUUUUUCCCUCAUUGUGGACAUUUUUUUGUGCUGCUAACUGAUGCUAUGUAAUAGUUACAAAUUAAAUUCUGUGGGGGCAGGUGGGGUGGAAAUACAUUCCAGACAAGAGUA